UUGCUUCUUUUUUUUUUUAACCGUCUCCUCUCUCUCUUUGGAUUUUAUUUUAGUUUUUUAAUCUGAAAAUUUUAUAAUUUCCAUUUUUUUUAUCGGGAUCGGCGAAACUCAAAGAUCGGAUCGAUACUUGCCGCACUUGGACCCUACACCAUACAACUCUCUCUCUCUGUAAAGGUGCUUACAUUGACGUUGAAGACGGCUACAGAGAGAGAUUGAUCUGAGAAAAAGAGUUUAAUUCUUUGAAGUGAAAAUUGAAGGUAGUAAGAGGGAAAAGAAAUGUCAUCAUCAUCAAAUUCGCCAUGUGCGGCCUGCAAAUUUCUCAGGCGAAAAUGCACACAAGAAUGUGUAUUUGCACCUUAUUUUCCACCGGAUCAGCCUCAGAAGUUUGCCAGUGUCCAUAAGGUCUUUGGUGCAAGCAACGUCGCUAAGCUUCUAAAUGAGCUUAACGCAGCUCAACGUGAAGAUGCCGUUAAUUCACUUGCUUAUGAAGCUGAUGAGCGUCUUCGUGAUCCCGUCUAUGGCUGUGUGGGUCUAAUCUCAGUUCUUCAACAUCAACUAAAGCAGCUGCAAGGUGAACUUCACAGUGCCAAGAAAGAAUUGUCGCAGUACAUUGGUCCUGAAGCGAUGGCUCCAAUUCCGCAACAAAUGUUUAUGCCACAACACUAUAUGGGUAACCCUUCUUCUUCAAAUGUGAUGGCUCAUAAUAUGUUUCCUAUGAUGGGUAUUCCUAGUGGGCAAUUGAUGAUAAGAGAGCAUCCGCAACUGGCACACCAGCAACAGGCACACCAACAACCGGCACACCAGCAACCAGCACAACUUCAUCAGCACCAACUGUUUGAAGCACAACAUUUGACUCCCACUGUUGCAACAAGAGACCAGCAAGAUUUUUUUAGAAAUUUUGAUCCGCAGCAGCAACAGCAAGAUAUUGUGAGAUUUAACAGUGGAUUUGACGCAUCUGGUUCGGUUACCGCUACUGGAUAUAAUCAGCUUGGUGGUGGUGCUGCUGUUUCACCUUCUCUGGCUUUGGGUACCUAUGAUAAUCCUUAUCAGAUUCAACCACAAGCAGAGCACCAUCAUCAUCAACUUCAAGCACAGCUUUUGCUUCAACCACAGCAACAGACUCAACAAACUGAACAGCAGCACCAAAGGUCUGGAAAUGAAGAGGGAAGGAGUAUGGGCCCAUCUUGUUGAAGUCCUUGUCUAGUCUUAUUACUGGUCUCUUCUUGCCAGUUCCAUUGAAGGAAUUUUCUGUUUUAGGUUGGUGUUUCAUGAAUAAGGUAGAUAUAUUUCGUCAACAGUAGAAAGCCAGAAUUACUCUUUUUUUUGCAUAGCUCAUAACUUCUGGAUAGACAGUUGACACACAGAGUACAUAAAAUACAUCGUGAGAUGGAGAGAGGAAACCAAUGUUUUUUGUGCCUGAAGAAGAAGAAGAAGAAAAAUUAUAUUUUGAAAUGUUAGGAACUGCAUUGAUUUCCCAAUACAGUUUUUUUUUUUUUUUUUUUUU